AUGAGUAUCAUACAAGAUGCUAUAGGGGAGAAGUUGGGCCAUUUUCUAUCAAAUAUCGCAACGUGCUUCUCUGGAAUAUUGAUCGCUGCCAUUUGCUGUUGGGAAGUUUCACUGCUCACCUUGUUGGUUGUUCCUUUGGUUCUUGUGACUGGAGCCACUUAUAGCAAGAAGAUGAAUGCCAUUUCAGCUGCAAAAAUGCAUUUCCUGUCAGAAGCCACAUCCAUGAUAGAACAGACACUAUCUCAAAUCAAAACAGUAUUUGCAUUCGUGGGAGAGAGUACUGCUGCCAAGUCUUUCUCAGAGUGCAUGGACAAACAGUUCAGGAUAAGCAAGAGAGAAGCAUUAAUAAAGGGAGUUGGGACAGGUUUGUUUCAAACUGUAACCACCUGUUGCUGGGCUCUGAUCAUUUGGGUUGGAGCCAUUGUUGUCACAGCCAAGAGAUCAAGUGGAGGAGACAUCAUAGCGGCAGUGAUGAGCAUUCUCUUUGGAGCUAUAUCACUCACUUAUGCUGCACCAGACAUUCAAAUCUUUAAUAGUGCAAAGGCUGCAGGAAAUGAGGUUUUUCAGGUGAUCAAAAGAAAACCUGCCAUAAGCUAUGAUUCCGAAGGGAAAACACUCGAGAAGAUCAAUGGCAAUAUUGACAUGCAGGAUGUAUACUUCACCUACCCAUCCCGGAAAGAGAGAUUAAUCCUCGACGGAUUUUCACUUUCCAUCCCAGCAGGAAAGGUGGUGGCUUUAGUGGGUAGUAGUGGGUGUGGGAAGAGCACUGUCAUCUCCCUAGUUGCGAGAUUCUAUGAUCCAUCACAAGUGAGCAUCCCUCCAGGUGAGAUUCUCAUUGACAACUACAACAUUAAGGAUCUAGACUUGAAGUUCCUCCGAAAGAACACAGGAGCAGUAUUUCAAGAGCCAUCGCUCUUUUCUGGCACCAUCAAGGAUAACAUUAAAGUAGGAAGCAUGGAAGCAGAUGAUCAAGAAGUCCAGAAUGUAGCAUUGAUGGCAAAUGCACACUCUUUCAUAACCCAACUCCCAGAUCAGUACUCAACAGAGGUAGGAGAAAGAGGAGUGCAAUUAUCAGGUGGACAAAAACAGAGAAUAGCAAUAGCAAGAGCCAUUAUAAAGAAUCCUCCAAUUCUUUUACUUGAUGAGGCCACAAGUGCACUUGAUUCAGAGUCAGAGAAGCUGGUUCAAGAUGCCAUUGAGAAAGCUAUGCAGGGGAGAACAGUCAUCUUGAUUGCACACAGGAUGUCAACUGUGAUUAAUGCAGAUAUGAUUGCAGUCAUAGAGAAUGGCCAAGUUAAAGAGACGGGAACACACAGCGACUUGCUAGAUACCAGCAAUUUCUAUAAUAAUUUAUUUAACAUGCAGAACCUCUGUCCAGACCAAGGCUCAAGAGUUACAGAUCUUACUGAAGAAAAUGCAAGUACAGACCAAGAGAUUUCAUUUCAAGACCUGGACCAAUCUGAGGAACCCAACAAACAUCCUAGAGAUGCUUUGAAGGAAGAGGAACAGAGGGUUAGAGGGAAAAGAGUUCAGUUUUUCAGAAUCUGGUUUGGCUUGAAGAAAAGUGAGCUUAUAAAGACUGCUAUUGGCUCAUUUGCAGCAGCUGUUUCUGGCAUCUCAAAGCCCUUUUUUGGAUACUUCAUCAUAACAAUAGGAGUAGCCUAUUACAAGGAAGACGCAAAGCAACGAGUUGGAUUGUAUUCAAUCGCCUUCUCUCUAAUAGGGCUGCUUUCAUUAUUCACUCACACCUUGCAGCAUUACUUCUUUGGAGUAAUUGGAGAGAAGGCCAUGACUAACCUCAGACAAGCCCUGUAUUCAGGCAUACUAAACAAUGAAUUAGCGUGGUUCGAGAAACCUGAGAAUAAUGUUGGCUCACUUACCUCACGGAUCAUCAAUGAUACCUCAACGGUCAAAACCAUAAUCUCGGAUCGUAUGUCUGUUAUCGUCCAAUGUAUCUCCUCCAUACUGAUUGCAACAAUAGUAACCAUGAAACUUAACUGGCGAAUGGGUCUGGUAGCUUGGGCUGUGAUGCCUUGCCACUUCAUUGGUGGCCUGAUUCAAGCCAAGUUUGCCAAAGGAUUUUCAAGUGGCUCUGCUACUGCACAUUGUGAACUUGUUGCCCUUGCUUCUGAAUCUGCAACCAACAUGAAAACAAUUGCCUCAUUUUGUCAUGAAGAUUUCAUACUUGACAAAGCCAAAAUUGCUUUGGAACCUCCAAUGAGAAAGAGCAGGAGAGCAAGCAUCAAGUAUGGGAUCAUUCAAGGCUUCUCACUUUGCUUGUGGAACAUUGCACAUGCUGUUGCUUUGUGGUAUACAGCAGUUUUGGUGGAAAGAGAUCAAGCUACUUUUGAGAAUGGUAUAAGAUCGUACCAGAUUUUCUCCCUCACUGUGCCUUCAAUCACAGAACUGUGGACACUGAUCCCCACAGUCAUCUCCGCCAUCAGUAUUCUAACUCCUACAUUCAAAACCCUUGACCGGAAAACUGAAAUUGAACCGGAUACACCAGAGAAUUCACAUGCUGAGAAGAUCAAAGGGCGAAUCGAAUUUCAAAAUGUUAGUUUUAAUUACCCACUAAGACCAGAAGUGACUGUUCUCAACAACUUCUGCUUACAAAUUGAAGCUGGAUCAAAAGUGGCUCUUGUGGGGCCAAGUGGAGCCGGAAAAUCCUCAGUUUUGGCCCUUAUACUGAGAUUCUAUGAUCCUAGGGCAGGAAGGAUACUGAUUGACAGAAAGGAUAUAAGAAAUUACAAUCUAAGAAGAUUGAGGUCACGGAUAGGAUUGGUACAGCAAGAGCCUCUGCUUUUCAGCUCCUCAAUCAGAGAUAACAUCUGCUAUGGGAAUGAUGGAGCUUCUGAAACUGAAAUUAUAGAGGUAUCAAGGGGAGCACGGAUACAUGAGUUCAUAAGUAAUUUGCCUCAUGGAUAUGAUACAGUUGUGGGGCAGAAGGGCUGCCAACUUUCUGGAGGACAAAAGCAGAGAAUAGCCAUUGCUAGAACUCUACUAAAGAGGCCAGCAAUUUUACUCCUGGAUGAAGCAACAAGUGCCCUUGAUACUCAGUCUGAAAGAGCUGUAGUGAGUGCUCUGGAAUCAACAAAACUGAACAACAAUGGUGACUUAUCCAGAACCACACAGAUCACUGUUGCACAUAGGCUUUCCACGGUGAUCAACUCAGAUACCAUAAUAGUUAUGGACAAAGGUGAGAUUGUGGAGAUGGGUCCUCACUCAACCCUGAUAGCAGUAUCUGAUGGGCUUUACUCCAAAUUGGUCCAGCUCCAGAGUUUGGGAGAGAAUUAAGAUAAGAAUGUGUGUGCAGUCUAUAUAUCCACAAACUAUAUAUGUCUAUACACACUUCUGUCACAUGAGUUGGCACCAAAAGUUCUAUCUGUGCAAAGGGCACUUACCAAGAAAGCUACAGUACUAUCUUUUUUUAGUUGUUUAAGUGAUAGUACCAUAAUA